AAACACGCUGCAAAGCAGCCACCACCCCUGUCCUCCUAAUCGUACGGCCCAGCGGCGCCAUGUCGUCGUCGUUCAAGCCCAACCCCCUCUCGCUGAGCGUACCGGACCCCGCUCUCGACCGCUGGCUCCGCGACUCCGGCUACCUCGACCUCCUCGACUCCUCCGCCCCCGCACCCGCCGCCGCCGCCCCAACACGCGCCAGCCCCGCAUCCACCUCCUCGGGGGCCGGCGCCGCCGCCGACCUCCUCGCCUUCGCGCGCACCCUAGCCUCUCUCCUCGCGCUCAACCCCUUUGCGUGCCUCUCCGCCGCCGACCUCGCCGCGCCCACCCCCUCCUGGUCCCUCGCCUUCAUCGGCGCCCCCGGCGUCGCCUCCUACUCCUGGCCCCCGACCCCCACCCAGGCCCGACUCCGCGUCCAGGAGAACGUCCGCCGCUACGCCCGCAACUAUGCCGCGCUAUCCAUCCUCGUCUUCGCCUGCUGCCUGUACCGGAUGCCUAUGUCGCUGCUGGGGUUGCUGGCAAGCCUCGCCGUGUGGGAGGCUGUGCGGUACUGCCGGAACCGGUGGGAGCUCGCCACACGAGCGCCCGGAAUUGGGCAGGCUCUUCUGCACUGUGCCCAGAUUGCCACUGCUGUACUACUAUAUGUAUGCAACCUGCAGUUUGCUCUUGUGUAUGCCAUUGGGUUGAGUUAUGCAGUCAUGAUGCUGCAUGCUUCUCUUCGGAAGUUGACUCCCUCAAGCCUAUCUGUUCCAGCAAAUAAGAAUAGGAGGGCACAACCAAGACGAAGCUAGUUGCCAUUGGAGGUAGGCUGCAGAUGGCAGGUACAUUGCCACGUCGUAGUACGGUGGAGCCACUGCCCUGAAAGCGAUUCUACACCUAAGAUCGUGUGCUCCGACUAUAUACGCCAUUCAAUCCUUCCACAGGGUUAUGUCAAAAGAUAUUGGCUGCAUGAGUUCGGAGACGGGGAAGACGAUUGCAAGAGUGAAACUGUAAGCACAGCGGAAUGUGGGAACAAUGUGUGCUUACAAUCCUAGGACUGUAAAAUCCAGUUUUGGCAUUAAAGAAUUUUUGGAAGAAAUUUCGGAGUUCUUAAUACAGUGUUGCUAAAGCACAUCUAGAUGUGCCAUAAGUAUUGCACUUAUGUCCUUGA